UUUGCUCUGAAAUUAGACUUAAGAUUACUUAAAAUAGUUAUAGUAUAGGAGGCAGUGAAACAUUCGAAACAAUUCAAAAUAUUUACACAAAUAUCGCGAGAAUUUGUUGGUGCGAGAUUAUACUGGUUUAUGACAGUAGAUGUAUUCCAUUUUGUUGCGUUGUAUUCUGUUAGAGGUGUAACUAGAUUUUUAAUGUACUAAGAUGGAUCCGAAUCCAAGACUAUAUGUGUAAAGUGAAACAAUCAGUACGCUGUCGGUAACACAUUAGGUGAUUUUGUUUCCAUCAUCGACCCGGACUGGGAUGGGCAGCGACACAGAGUUAACUUACGAAGCUGAUCCACCCGACACCCGGCUGCGGCUUGAGCUUCCGGCCCAUUCAGGAAGGAGCGCCGACGCUAUACUCGCUCCGCAGGGGGCAAUUCUGCGAGAUGGUGAUUCUGGUGAUGACCUGUUUCAAACUCAGCCUGUGGCACUACCAUUACGGACUGAGAGAAGAGAGCGGCCCCAGCGACUGCAGCUCCCAAGCACUGCUUCUGAGUCUGACACCGAUAGUGAAGGGGAAGACUGUCCACAGGGGUCAUGGAAAAGCCUCUUAAAAUUUCAAAGCUACAAGCCCAGCCAGGAGACACAAAAGAAAUAUGAUCGGAAUGGGCCUGCAUUUCCGUUUCUUGCAAAAAAGAAUAAUAAAAGUGAACACCUGCCCCGACGCAAGGUCCUAUUGUUUGAGCAUGGAGCCAUUGGUGGUUUUUUUACCUACAUGAAGAACGUAAAAGACAAGUCAGAAAAGGGCUGGCCUUCAAGAUUUUUGUCACUCAGACGAAGGUUCGUAGAUGAGGAUGGAGAGCUGCUUCCUUUCUCAAAUCCAGAACAAGCUGAGGACAGCCAAGCCAGUGAUGACAUUAAAAUAGUGGCGCAGAAAGAUUUUAUUUUAAAAUUUCAUGGUAGAUUCAGGGGACACAACACAUGGACUGAGAAGUUUUCUAGUCAUGCUGGGCAGGAUUCAGUGAAAGACGGAAGAAAAGCCUCCUCAAAACAAAAAAAAAGUAUCCAUGUACCAAAAGUUCAGACCAGUUCUCGGGUCAGAAGGUCUUCAAGUACAUGUAAUACAGACGUUGAGGAUAAUGAUUUAGACAACUCUGGUAUUUCCAAAGAACAGGAAUAUGACAGUGACACCACUGAUCUGUCUUCUGACACCUCACCACAAGAGGAGGACGAGGAAUGUACUGUGACCGAUGUUUUGGACCCUCAAGGGGCUGUUAAGCCUAGGAACCCAACUAGAACACAGAGGAGUAUCCACACUGUAAAAAAGAAAACAUCUACAGCAGCAGUUAUUCGCAGAUCAAGUCUUUUGGAUGCAGAAACAGCAGGAAACAGUGAGGAGAUGCCACGCUGUGAACUUCAACAGAGCCCUGAUGUGAUACAGCUAGAGAAGCAGAUGACAAACAGGACUGAAAAUCCGUGUUUCUUUUUGCCAGUUGAAAAUCGUGCAGCUGGGAUUUCAAAUACAGGCACUCCAACUAAAAUUUGUGAGCAGGGAAGCCUGGACGGAGUGACAGAAGAUGCUAUUCCAGAUACGGGGUUGCAGGAACUCUGGGAACUAGGGGACAUCUCAAUCAAGAGAAAAACAGAAAGAGGAAAAGAGAGUUUGCAGGAGCGAACUUUGGAUGCAAGUAAGGAAAAAGUGAUAGAACAAACAGAGAAAGAAUCUGUGGAGCAAGCACGUCUUCCUGAGCACAGGAUGUCUUUGUCGCUCACUAAAGAAGGCAUAAGGAAGGGUGAAGAGGCAUUAGCCAAUCCGGAAGUUGUAGUUGAGGAUGAAGCCCCUUUCACUUCAUAUGACGAUGUCCAUGAGAUGAUAUCUACUACAGCAGUAAAUGUGCAGGAUGAGCAAGACUAUGCUGAACAUGUGCCAUGUGAAAAUACUCUGGAGAAGCCAAUUUACAAGACGUCUCAAAAAAUAUUUGAAGGUUCAUCAGGAUGUAAGUAUGAAUUGAACAAGGCAAUCAGAAAAAAGCUACAGGUAUCCCAGGAAGUCAUUCUGAACCUCGAUGAUGUAAGUGACUUGAGGGAGAAAGGUGCAGACUCUCAGAACAUUGAGCUUGAGAAUGAAGGGUUUGAAGAACUGUUAGAUAGUAAUUAUGGGCAAAGAUUGGUGCAUGGUGAGGAAAGAUGUGUAGAGGAAGAGAGAACGCAGGAUGUCUAUGCUCAAAGUACAACAGACAGCCAAUCUAAGAAGCCAUCUGCAGAGACAGCUUGUGGAAAAGGGGAAGAAGAGUUCUCUAUGUGGAAGUCAUCCAAAUCAGAGAGACAAAGACUAGAGACAACAUGUGAAAAAGACUUGAAUAUGGAGGAUACGUAUACCACAGAAAAUGUGUCUCUGCACACAAAGAUCUUGGAUCUGCAGGAUGGAUUAAGUGAAGAGGGAAGAGAUUCUGCACCUGUGGCUAAGUCACAAUCUCAAUCUAGUAGUUGUAGCUGCAACCAGACUAAGAACAAACGGGUCAUUUCUGAAACAAGUGCAGACCAAAUAUCUGAUGUAGGGUCUUAUCCUCCAGAGCCAAAAGACAACACUGACUUUGAUGUGGCCUGUCGUGACUUGGAAGAGAGGAGGAGGAGGAGGAAGAAGAAGAAGAAGAGAAAGAGAGGUGAGAAAGAGGAGCAGUUCAGUAUAUCUGGGUCCCAAGAGUGUUUGUCAGCUCUGAAUUCACCUAUGCAUAAGGGCUCUGAUAGGGAAAGGUACACAGAACCAGCUGAGAUGUGCCCUUUGUCCUGCUCUAAUGAUGUGGUGAAGAAGGAGAAGAAAAGGCGGAAGCCUUGGGGUGCAGAAGAGAGUGAUGAGCUUGGAGGAAAUUUCAUAGCAAACUACUCUGACUCUUUUCUUGGGGGAAAAAAUGGAGAGAGAUGGAACAUUGCUGUAGAUCGGUCCAUGGAAUUUGAGUCUCAGGGGGAAAGGAGUAUGACUGAUCCUGAGCACCAUAACAGUGUACAUCAGCCCAGUAAGAAAAAGCAUAAAAAAGAAAGAGAUUCUGAUAACAGUGGCCGUACAAAAACAACAAGGGAAAUCUCCUUAUCCACAGUAAAUCUCAAAACAUGUGUUACUGGUUUGCGAGUAUCCCCCGGAUUAACACCCAGAGAAACUAAGGCUGGCAAAAGCCAUGAAAAAAAAGAGAAAUUAGUGUCUAAUUAUGAUUCUGUUGUGAGUAAAUUGGCGGGAAUGGACACAGACAGAGACUGUCAUGGCAAAACAACAGAUAUACAGGAGGUCAGUUCUGGAGUGAAUGCUAUACAGGAAGGUAGUAAGGUGUCACAGUGUAAAAUUCGAGGCCGCUCAUCGUGUGACAAAGAAGGCCAUGGAUCUCUGCCGAUGGUAAAACAGAGCCCAUCUAAACAGAGGUUGUUUGCCAUCAGAAGACUUCAACAUUUGCAACAAACUGGCAGCUACAUUCACCAGACAUUGAUUUGGAAUUAUUUACAUUCAAAAAAAGGUAACAGGCAAAGACAAGAUUCAACAUGAGUUAUUUUAAUAAUCGUUUUUUAAAUGUAACUUUAAUAGCACCACAGUGUGGCCUAGUGUGUAUUUAAAGUAACUUGUAUGUAAAUAUGCAGCAUGUGAAUUAUUAAACCUUUGAUGACCAGAUUGAGAGUGUACCUGUCAUGCCUGGCUCGUACGAUCCUCGUGUGUGCCACACCCCCUGGUUAUCCACGUGUGCCUCCCUGAUUGUACCCAGCUGUAUCCUGUUGUCUUGCCUAUUUCAGCCCAGGUCUUGCCUUAGUUCUUUGUCCGUCAUUGAUGUUGGUCGAUGUCCGUGCUAGUGCUCUGUCCUGAUUCCUUAAUAAAUCCCCAGUUUCCCCGUA